AUGUCGACGUCUUCUGCACUCCCAAGUCUCCCAACUGGCUUACAGCAGGGACUGCCUAUUGCUUCGACACCUCCCAUAGAUCCGCGCACCAAUCCGUUCUGGCAGGUCUUACCACCUGGUGGAUACUAUCAAGGACCAUUUCCUCUCGCGACUAGCCUCCCGCAACCACAGCUUAGACUCGACUAUGAUGCGCGUGCCUUCCCCAUCCUCUCUCUUCCGCCCCAUUCUACUCAGUAUCUCUUGGGACAAAACGGACAGAACGGGAAUGCUAUGGCGCCGCCUGUCACUCCCCAUCACCUCCAGCCCCAACCUCAUCCAUCUCAGCCACAGUAUAUCCAGCCGCAGGCGCCUGAUGGGGCCUUUCCACAGUUCUCCAUGCCGCAUGCGCCUCUUAACGCCCCAUUCUGGCCUGCGUGCGAUGCGCGUUUGCUGCAGCAAUGGUCGCAACCACCGGCUCACGCGCAGGGGCUCCAAGGGCUCGACCUCAAUAACCCGGUCGUCAUCGAUACCCUUCUCGCCAUGACUCGUCAGCCUGAGCGUUCGAUAGCUCUGCAUCAGAUGCUGGCUUACCAGGCUUGUCAACCGCACAUGCCUGUCGGACUUCAGCCUACCUCUGACCCUCGGUUGUCGCAUCCCUUACCUCCGUCUACUGUCGUCGGAAACGAUGUCCUCAGCACCUCAACUCAGCCAGGACACGAAGACCAGGACGGGCAGCCCAUGGCCGGUGACGAUAACCUUGCCGUCGUAGGCACCUCGGGCCAGUCUGAACGGAAACGCAAGGGCGAGGAACUCACGCCCGAGGAGGACGUGCCUCCCGUAGAGCCGUGCAUAACCGCUAAGAAGCCCAAAAUCUCGAAGCUGAAGGGACCAUCUGUACGCGCGCGCCACACCAUUCAGCAUGAUAUGUCCUCCUCUCUUGAUGUCUGUGACGCGAACGAGAAGCCAGUCGUCAAGAGGGCGAAAGGCAACAUCUUUGCGAAGAUGAACGGCACUCCUCUGUCUGUUUAUGUCUUUGAUAGACUGUUCAACGGGAUAAUAAGGCGGUCCAUCCUCAACAUGGUGAAGGUACGCAGUUCCAGCUCUGACAUGAUACAAGGACUUACACCAAGAUUGCAGACGCACGGCGGUAGAUUGGUGGGUGUAGGCGAUAUCAAGAAAGCCGACUUCUGCGUCAUGGAUCGCGGCAACAGCAAGGAGUAUCGCAAGGUGUACAAGCUGGUUGUAGAUGCUAAGACGCCCAUGGUGAACGUGGACUUCGUCUCGUCCUGCGUCAAAGCUGGUCAACUACUCCGCUUCGCAGAUUACACGCCCUUCCGGAACUCGGUCCAUGUGGUCAAGACCAGACGCUCUACUAGACUGUCGGCUUCCGUGAACGAAGGUCCAAGUAGGAAGAGUGAAGAAACUGAUAUCUUCGGCGAGGAAGACAGCGGGAGUGACAGCGGGAGUCCAGUCGUGUCAUCCGACGAGGAGCCUGAACCCAGCAAAAGGGUGGUUCCUUCCAGACGGCGAUCAGACAAGACACCCGCGACCUCGAAGGAUACGCCCGCACCCGUUGCUCUAUCGGUCCAACGUCGCUCGCCAGAACCGCCACAGAAGACGGAAGUCGGAGUUCGGUACAAGUUCACGGAGGAAGAGAUGGUGUGGGCCUGGCACAAGAUAGGACGUAUGGCUCGGAAGGACGCGUACCUCAACCUAGCGAGAGCCUCUGAGGGGCUUGCGGAAAAGGUCGGUUGCUUCAUGAUCGAGGGGGGUGAACGUAGGCUGACCGAGAACCAUCAGGCGCCUCACCAUUCAGCAGCGUCUUGGCGCAGCCGCCUUGAGCGAGAGCAUGUCAGGUUCGAAGAACUCAUGACUGACACCUAUCCACCCAAGAUCGCGUACCCUCGUUCGUUAAUGCGGGAAAUAAACCGAUCAUCACGUAAUGCAGGGCAGCCAGCUACGACGAUAACAGGUCCGGGCGAGACACAGGUCAACGAGUCGGUUCCUGCUCUCCAGCCACGCGAGGAAGAGGACUGCCAAAAAGUUGUUUCAUUCUUGAUGACAUACGAACCGCCCACCGAACUUGAAUUUGCAGGAGAUCAAUUCAUCUGGCCGGUCCUAAACCGCGAGUUAGAGGUGAGUGCGUAG